UUCAGGUCAUAGCAAGAGAUUAUAGUCACAUGGAGGCAACCUUUACUCUAACGCUCAUAGAAGCUGUAUUGAUUUUGCUGGCUAUAGCAAUUUCUAAAGCUAUCACAUUAAUCUCUCCACUUGAUUCUAGUCGUAAAGAUGCUGUUGAUUCGAUUCCCUCGGUUUCUUCUCCUUCUCAAAUCAUUGAUGCUCCUCCUCCUGCAAUCAAGUAUGAAGUGUUUCUUAGCUUUAGAGGGGAAGACACUCGUCACACUUUCUCAAGUUAUCUCUAUGAGGCACUUCGCCAAGCGGGUAUUCAUACUUUUAUGGAUUACAAGCUCGACAAAGGAGAUCAUAUCUCAUCGAGCCUUCUUAAAACAAUAGAGGAAUCAGAGAUAUCUUUGAUCAUUUUCUCUGAAGAUUAUGCAUCUUCAACAUGGUGUAUGGAUGAACUCGUUCAUAUUAUGAAAUGUAAGGAUAAGUACGGAAGGCUUGUCAUCCCAAUUUUCUACAACGUAGAUCCAUCAAAUAUUCGGAAACAGAAUGGGAGAUUUGGAGAGAUUUGCUGA